AUGGCCGCGCCCGGAGUCCCCCCGAAGGCGGAGCAACACGGCGGCGAGGAUAGGCCGGCAGUGGCCUCGUCGUUCUCCUCCGGCGGCGAAGCGCACCAAAUGAAGGAGACGGAGUCACUGCCGCUUGGAGAGAAACGAGAGGAGUCCCCUGGGGAGGCCUUGCAGGAACCAGAUGACUCUUCCAUCGAACCUGUGAUCUCUUGCAUCCCCCUUCUCCUUCGUCUUCGUCUUCCUCCGUCUUCCUCCGUCUCUAGACUGCUACCUGGAUCACCGGCGGGUGCAUUACGCUCUGCAGGUGCCAUUAGGGGAAGCCGUCUACACCACUGCGACCUUCUUCGAAGAUCUAACCUUGCGGAAGGAGCUGAUCCGGGGACUAUACACCGAGAUGGGAUUCAAGAGGCCCAGCAAGGUGCAGGCCACGACCUUCCCCAUGAUCCUCACCCCUCCCUUCAGAAACCUCGUCGCCUAGGCCCACCACGGCUCCGGGAAGACAACCUGCAGGGACCCCCCCCGCGGUGUCCGUAGGAGAACAGCAAGCUUUAACUUCAUCUCUCGCUGACUACGAGGAAAACACGCAGAACGAGACCGUCCUCACGAAGAUGGGCAAAUACACCGGCAUAACCUCAGUUUGUGAGAUACCCCACCCUCCGACGCUUCCCACUAUAGCCCCGUCGCAAAACCGCCAGUCACCGAGCAGGUUCUCAUCGCCACGCCGGGUACAGUCAACAGGUGGGUCAUGGAGAAGAGCACCAGGAAGAUGAAGAUACUCGUCUUCGACGAGGCCGACCACCUGCCGGUCGAGGUGCUGGACUUGGCGCCACCUCGUCUCCUCCUGCAGGAUGGAUUUAGGGACGAUGCCCUGAAAGUCACGGAGGAAAUCGAGAGGAGCAGCCCCCAUUGUCAGGUAAAUCCCGUCCUACAGUCGGAGUUUUUACCAGGAGAAAUCCUGGAAAAGUAAGUCGAUUUGAGGGAGGGGUUGAACAUGGAAUCAGGUGCUCUUGUUCUCGGCUACCUUCGACGACGCCGUGAAUGCGUUCAUGAGGAGGGUCGUUGGGGAGGCGAACCAGCUCUACAUGAAGGAAGAGGAGCUGACUCUGGAAAAGGUCAAGCACUACAAAAUACAAUGCCCAAACGAACUCGCGAAGAUCUACGUGAUCAUGGACAAAAUCUUUAAUUUUGGGGAGAAGGUAGGCCAGACCAUUAUCUUUGUGAAGACGAGGCACAACGCCGCCAUGUUCCACAGGUUUUUGCUGGGCAGAGGGUUAUGAGAGAGAUAGAUCUUAUUUUCCAUUGUACUCAUGAAAGAAAUAUGUCUUAUUUAUAAAAAUAGAAAAGGUAAAUGUCCUUCCAAAAGGAGGUAAUUUUGACUUAUGUGAUAGUCACAUAUCUUAGAGGUGAUGUUUUCAACCACCCUCAUUUUCUACUCUUUCUUCAUACCGGACCCCUAAAUGGGUCAAUAAGGAUGAAGUAACAAUUGUGACAUCAUUCCUCACUCUUCGUACAUCCUCUAAAUGAGUUAGAUGGGAGAAGACUCUUCGCACAUCUUUAGAAUGGGUCAAAUGUGAUGGGCUGACACUGCCAACAAACUCCACCUUAGUAGUCAUAAUCAUAUCUUGAAGUUGACAUCCUUUAAUGUUGUAAGUUCUCCACCUUUUGCAAAGUACUUAUAAUAUGAAUUAAAUUUAAAUAAUAUUUGAACUUCUCAAUUAUGACUACCUUUGUUCACAUAUCUGUAACAUUUUCUUUCGUGUAAACUUUCUCUAAAGAAAUAUCUUCAGAAUUCAUCAACUCAUGAUUUUGUGACACCACAUAUCAAUAUAUUUUAACUGUACAUAGUAAACUUGAUUCUUGACCAAAAAAAUAAUAUUUUAAUUAUUACAAUGUAAAUGAGUUUAAGAUCUCUAUAUUAAGAAUCUUCUUUACUAGAUUAAGAUUUUUUAUAUCAAAUUUUCUAAUUAAUAAUAUCUUAAAUUUAACGAUUUGAUGUGAAUUCUUCAAAAUAAUAAAUAUAUCAUUAAUAUAGAAUAUUAAAAUAAUUUGAAAAUCAUCUUCAAGAGUAUUCAUAUAAAUACAACAGUCAAAAUCAUACUUUAAAUAGUCAAAUAUGUAAUAUGUAAGAGUCAAACUUCUUAUAUCACUACUUCGAUGAUUACUUCAACUCAUAAAGUGACUUCACCAAUUGAGAGACAAGAUGUUCUAACUCGUAGAUAAUAAAACUUUUUGACUACUGCAUAUAAAUAAGUCUCUUUUAAAUCUCUAUAAGAAAAUAUUAUCUUCACAUUUAACUACUCAAGCUUCAUAUCUUUAUGUGUGAUAAUAGUUAACACCAAACAAAUAAAUGUGUUCUUCACAAUAUGUGAAAAGAUCUUUGAGUGGUCAAUUAUCUACUUUUGUGUAAAGUCUUUUAUAGUAAGUCUUAUUUUAUAUCAUGGUUGAUUACUAUCAAUUAUUAGUAAAAAAAUUAUAUAGUCAUUUAUAUUAAAUAGUUCACUUUUUUACAUGAAGAUCUACUAAUUCCUAUGUGAUUUUUGUGUAAGGAUGUUUACUUCUUAGAUAUCACUUGUAAUCAUUUCUCUUUUUUAAGAUAACUUAUUACUUCUCAAAAAAUUUUAGGCUCAUCAUCUCUUACAAGUACUACAAAAGUAACAUACUCAUUAAGAUGAGUAAGAGGCCUUAUUUCACAUUUAUCCCAUCCAAUAAUAAUACAAUCAGAAACACCUAAUAAUUCUACAACUCAAUCUCUACUCUUAAUAAGAUAAGAAAGACUCUACACGAUCUCCACCUUCAACCUUGUUUUAUCUUUGACAUGAGUAUCAUCAAAUUUCUAAAUCAUGUACUUUGUAAAAAAAGACUUCAAUAUAUGAUUUUCAUCAAAGACCACAUCUCUAUUGAAAAUAAUAUUUUUCACUUGUGAAUCUCAAAGUCAAUAACUUUUCAUGCUAAUACUAUAUCUCAAGAAAAUAUAUUUUAUCAACUUUGAAUCUAAUUUUGAUGUUUCAUCAGCAAGAAUAAAGAUAUAUCAUGGACAUCCGAAUAUAUGUAAAUUAAAAUAGUCAAAAAGAUUCAUAAUUCAUACCUCUUCAGCCACCUUCACAUAAUAGUAGAAUUUAACAAUCUAUUCACCAAGUCAACUAUUAUACUCACAGAAUUUGUCUAAAACUCUUUGAACAAGUUGACAUUCAUUUGUAAACACUAAGCUCUAUCAACAAUUGUAUGAUUUAUCCACUUAGCAACAUCAUUUGAUGCGAAGUAUUUCUCACUAUAUAAUAACGUUAAAUGUUAUGCUCAUCAUAAAAUUGAUCAAAUUCAAAAUUUUAAAUUCUAUGCUAUUGUCAGUUUGUAAAACUUUAAUCUUCCUUCUUGUCUAGUUCUUCACCUUUGCACAUCAACUCUUUAAUUUUGUAAAUACUUUUGACUUGUGAUUCAAGAAGAAUACUUAGAGUUUCUUGAAAAAAUCAUCAACAAAGGUUAGAAAAUAACAAAUAUCACUCAUUGACGUCACAUCAACCAGAUCAUACAUAAUUAUCUCAUACUUCAUUACUUUGAAUGUCAUAUUGUACUAUUUUCUCAUGACACAGUACUUACAAAAAUCUAAUUUAUAAGUUUUUAUACUAGGUAGCAAUCAUCGUGUACGUAGCCUCUAUAUACUUGUGUCACUCAUAUGAUCUAAUCAUAAGUAUUAUAGAAGAAUGUCAUUAAUCAUGAAAUUAUUCGAUGUUGCAACACAAGAUCUAUUUAUAAUAAUACUUUUCUCAAAUUUGUAGAUAUUUACUUAUUGAUGUCAUACCUUUAUCAUAAUGAUUGUUCCCUAGAUAGUUUUAAGAAUCUCAUUCUUACAUUUGAAGCAACAUUUAUUCACUUUCAAAACUUCAAGUGAAAUCAAAUUCUGAUGUAAUAUUGGAACAUAAUAAAUAUUUCUACACUCUUUGACCACUCCGUUAAACAUUCGAACCUUUACCAAACUAUACCAACAACUUCACAAGUUGUAUUAUUUUUCAUAGAAAUAACUCUUGUUGUACUCUUGUAUGAAUCAAAUUAGUCAACAUUAUGAUACAUAUGAUAAGAAUAACUAACAUCAAGAAUCUGUGUUUGACAACUCUCAAACUGUAAUAAAGUCAAAAUAUAUUUCACCAUCUUCUUUGUCCUCAACCUGUAUACUAUUAACCAACUAGAUUCGACUUUUAUUGUCUUAUUAUUUUAGUUUUUUAGAUGAUCUCUCUACAAGUAUUCCUUCUUAUGACACUUGUGAUAAAUUUAAUUUUUCAAUCAAUUCAUCUAUGACUUGGACCAAUUCUUCUUGUCUCUUGAUGAUUUCUCCUUUUUCUACUUUUCACAUUUUCUUUUACUCUUCACAUAUAAACCUUCACCAUGAAUUUCACUAAAAAAAAAUAUCUUGAUAAAAUUUCAUCAAUAAAUGAAUAACAUCUUUAAGAAUGAGUGAUGUGCUAUCAUGCAACAAGGUUAUAAUAAGAUGAUUAUAUGAAUGAAGAAGAGAAAUAAGUAGAAUAAUAACUUUGUUCUCAUUAGAAAAAUUUGAUUGUAUACGAAGUAGGUCAUUUAAUUAUUGAUUAAAAUAAAAAAUAUGAGAUGACAAAUAAUCUACUUUAGUGCAUAUCAUUUUUUCCACUUCUUCAAGAGUUCUUUGAGAUUAUAUUCAUUCAUGAUUUUCUGAAUAGUCUAAUUAGACAAACAUGUAUGAGUAAAAUGUUUAGCCUUCUUCUCUAUUAUCUCUCAAUCAAUAAUAUUGAUUUUGUUUGGCUUUGAUCUAUUCAAAGUUUUAUAUAAGUUGUCUACAACAAUGUAUCAUAAACACAAUGCUUCUAAAAAUUGAAGUUAGAUGACUUAUUCAAUUUUUGGAUGUGUACAUUAAAAAUCAUAAUAAAUCUAGAAAUAAUUAAACAUGACUUUGAUAAAUAAAUAUGUAAGCACAUGAUCAUAAUAAUAACAAAAAGUCAAUUUUUAAAUAUUAGUGAGAGCAAAUAGAAAAUAAAUAAUCAAACUAUCAAAUAUUUUGAUGAUAACAAAACUUCCACUAAACACUUAUAAGCCACAUCUCAAUACCCUUAAGAUGACCCAUACACUAAAGAGUGAACAAUAGACUCUUAUAUCUUUUUAUAAGGAUUUCACUUGUAAUAUAAAAAAGAAGAGAGGCCAAGAAAAAGGAAGAGAGUUGAUAAAAAAAUAAUAGAAUCAAAAGAGAGAUAAAUCUCAUAGUACAUUGUAUUCAUUAAAGAGAAAUAUAUGCCCUAUUUAUAGGAAAAGAGAAAAGAUAAUCAUCUCUUUAAAAGGAGGCAAUCUCGACCUAUGUGCAGGCAGGCCCCUACAUCCAGGAGGUGAUGGUUUUAAUCACCCUCAUUUCUCACUCUUUCUCAGUGCAUGACUCUAGAACGGGCAAUAAGGAUGAGGUGACAAUUGUGACACCGCCCCUCACUCCUUGCAUGUCCCCUGAAUGGGUUAGACAAGAGGAGACUCCUUGUACGUCUCCCAAAUGGGUCGAUGUGAUGGGAUGAUACUGCCAAGAAAUAGUUUAGAGGCAGUCUAACAAAGGUCCAUUUAACCACGACCUCCUUGCUCACCGUUUUGACCAAUCUUAGGCUUGUGAAUUCUUGAUUCGACACUCUGGAUCGUUAUUUUUCUCCCAAGUUCAACUGCAGACACCUAGAGUUUGCUGUGCUGACGCAUUUUAGUCAUCUAUCUGUUUCAACUAAAGGUUAACGUGGUUGUCAACUAUGAUCUUUCAACAAAGUAUGACGCCCCUAUGGAGCCAGAUUUCGAGGUCUACUUGCAUCGGGUUGGCAGGACCAGCUGCUUCGGUUGAAGGGGUAAAUUUUCUUGUUGGAGAGGUAUUCCAUUCAAGAGAUUAAGAAGCAGCCAGCCAAAUAUAAAAUGGAUUAUGCCGCCAUUUUAUUGCCAAGAUACAAUUUUCUUAGCCCAUGAAAAUAGCCCCAUAAAAGUGGAAGCGCCCGUCUCCCUCCUAAGUGGAGCCGGAUGGAGAGAGUUUGGAUGUGAACUCCAUUCUUAAUCUUGGUACAGCCCCAUAGAAAGUAAACAGCUGCAUGUACGAUCGGAAGGAUCGGAUAUUGACCCUUUAGAUCGUGGUGAUCUUGUUGGGUGGGAUGGUGGUACAUCAUCUUUUUUUUUUCAAAUUAUUCUAUUGUUUUAGUGGGUUUUUAAUGAUAGUGAUUGAUUAGCCACAUGAAUAUAGCUACAUGUUUUUAGACUCAGACCUUGUCUUGUUGGAUCAAACAGGGAUUGUGUUCAACCUGCUUUGCUGGGAUUCAGACAAAACGAUCAUGGAGAGGAUUGAGCAGCAAGGUCCUCGAGGUUGCUCCUCGAGCUCAAGUUCAUGAACAGAUUAUAUCAAUUUUUGUAUAGUCAAAUAUACGAAAAACAGCCGUGAGACGUAGAAAUAUAAGGAUCAUAAACUACGUCGGAUUUUAAAGAAACCUAUUGUUUCUAUUUUUUUCCAGGUACCUGACUGGAGGAGUGAGGAUUUCAAGGCUGCCCUCAACAGCGCGGGCUUGUUGUGA